UGCGGGCGGUGCCGCGGCCCUCGCGGCCCUGGGGAUGGGCGGAGCCCCAGCCGCCAGUGCUGGUGGCCGCCGCCGCUGCCGUAGUCCGAGCGGCCACCUCUAUUUCGGCGCGUCGCUGCUUCCCAGGGCGGUGGUAUGCUGGGGAAAGCGGUAGUCGGCGCUGGCGGCGGCACCAAGGUGCUGAAACCCUCCUUCGUGUCAUACGUGCGCCCCGAGGAAAUUCACACAAACGAAAAGGAAGUAACAGAGAAGGAAGUAACUCUUCACUUGUUGCCAGGUGAGCAGCUGCUUUGUGAAGCCAGCACCGUCCUGAAGUAUGUCCAGGAGGAUUCAUGUCAGCGCGGGAUCUGUGGGAGACUGGUCUGCACGGACUUCAAGAUCGCUUUCUUGGGCAGUGACGAGUCUGCCCUGGAGAACGACGAAACCCAGUUUAAGAACAAGAUUAUAGGAGAAAAUGACAUUACACUCCACUGUGUGGAUCAGAUUUAUGGAGUGUUUGAUGAGAAAAAAAAAACUCUCUUCGGACAGCUGAAGAAGUACCCCGAGAAACUCAUCAUCCACUGCAAAGACCUCCGGGUGUUCCACUUCUGCCUGAGGUACACGAAAGAAGAGGAAGUCAAAAGGAUUGUCAGCGGCAUCAUUCACCACACCCUGACCCCUAAACUGCUCAAGCGCUUGUUUCUCUUUUCCUAUGCAGCUGCUGUACAGAACAGUGCAGCCACCAGCCCCGAGAGCCACACUGUGAUGUUUGACACCCUCGAGGACUGGUGUCGGGAGCUGGACCGGACCCGGGGCAGCGUGAAGUACAAAGCAGUGAGUGUCAACGAAGGCUACAGGGUCUGUGAAAGGUUGCCUGCAUACUUCGUUGUCCCCACCCCUCUUCCCGAAGAGAACGUGUCGCGCUUUCAGGGUCACGGCGUACCGAUAUGGUGUUGGUCCUGCCACAAUGGAUGUGCCCUUUUGAAAAUGUCAGCCCUACCCAAAGAACAGGAUGAUAGCGUUUUGCAAACCCAGAAGAGCUUCUUGGAAGGAAUUUACAGGAUCAUCCACAGGCCACCCUACGAGAUUGUCAAAACCGAAGACCUAUCAAGCAACUUCGUGUCCCUGCAGGACAUCCAGACUGCGUACUCCAAGUUUAAACAGCUGUUUCUGAUAGAUAACAGCACUGAAUUUUGGGACACAGAUAUAAAAUGGUUUUCUCUGUUGGAAAGUAGCAGCUGGCUUGACAUAAUCAGACGUUGCCUGAAAAAAGCAAUAGAGAUCGUGGAAUGUCUAGAAGCACAGAACAUGAACGUUCUUCUCGUAGAGGAGAACGCUUCCGACCUCUGCUGCCUCGUCUCCUCCCUGGUGCAAGUGAUGAUGGACCCCCACUGCAGAACCAGCGCUGGCUUCCAGAGCCUCAUCCAGAAGGAGUGGGUCAUGGGCGGGCACUGCUUCCUGGACCGCUGCAACCAUCUCCGCCAGAGCGACAAGGAGGAGGUGCCUGUGUUCCUGCUCUUCUUGGACUGUGUCUGGCAGCUGGUGCACCAGCACCCCCCAGCAUUUGAGUUCACGGAGACCUACCUGACCGUUUUGUCAGAUAGCCUGUACAUACCCAUUUUUAGCACCUUCUUCUUCAAUUCGCCUCAUCAGAAAGAAACGAACAUGGGCAGGGAAGGCCCGGAUGCACAAGGCAAGCCUUUGAGCCUGCUCACCGUGUGGGACUGGUCUGUGCAGUUUGAACCCAAAGCCCAGACGCUGCUCAGAAACCCUCUGUACGUGGAAAAGCCGAAAUUGGACAAAGGCCAGCGGAAAGGAACGCGCUUCAAACAUCAACGACAGCUUUCUUUGCCACUCACCCAAUCUAAGUCAUCUCCCAAAAGAGGAUUUCUCAGGGAAGAAACAGAUCAUUUAAUUAAAAACCUUCUGGGCAAGAGAAUUAGCAAACUGAUCAAUUCUUCUGAUGAGCUGCAAGACACCUUUCGAGAGUUCUAUGAUAGCUGGCACAGCAAGCCCACCGACUACCACGGUCUGUUGCUGCCUCACAUCGAGGGGCCCGAAAUCAGGGUCUGGGCCCAGCGCUACUUGCGUUGGAUUCCAGAAGCCCAAAUUCUGGGCGGUGGCACGGUGGCCACCAUGAGCAAACUCUUGGAAAUGAUGGAGGAAGUACAGAGCCUACAGGAAAAAAUCAACGAGGGACACCACCACCAGGAGGCCCCCCAGGCAGAGUCCCCCUCCCGGCUGAGGAACUCUGUCCGCCUGUCCUCUUUGUUUCCUUUUGCUUUGCUGCAGCGGCCGUCCUCGAAGCCCGUCUUGCCCACCAGUGGCUGGAAAGCUUUGGGAGACGAGGAAGAUCUGGCCAAACGGGAAGAUGAGUUUGUGGAUCUAGGGGAUGUGUGACCCCCCUGCUCAGUGGUGGUGAGAGUGGUUGGCAUUUUGAAGACUG